ACUUGUUAUCAGCUCGGAAAUAAAAUCAGUGGUAUUGCUCUUCAUAGUGAUCCACUGACCUCCUCUAGGAAACGACAGUAAAGCAGGCAAGCCACAGAAACAACGUGACGUUCCCGGUCACGCCGCGCAGCAGCCAAUAAGAAGACAGCAUGGGCGUGGCGUCCUGAGAUGAAGAGGGCGUCGUGCUGCUGUCAACACAGGGACGACCGUCUGAAUAGCCGUAACAGGGAAGGAUAAACUAGCCAUGGGGAAGGCACUUUUCUGCUUGCCGAAGCAAAAAUCUGAGGGCAAUGAGGAUCUAACACCAAAGGAGUCUGAGUCAGAUACAGAAGAGGACAAGAAUGAUAUUUCACAGUUCCCAUAUGUUGAAUUUACAGGCAGGGACAGUGUUACUUGUCCCACUUGUCAAGGCACAGGAAGAAUACCAAGAGAACAAGAAAACCAGCUUGUUGCUUUAAUCCCAUACAGUGACCAAAGGCUGAGGCCAAGACGAACAAAGCUGUAUGUAUGUUUGUCAGUCCUGCUGUGCCUCCUGCUUUCUGGCCUGGCUGUCUUCUUCCUGUUCCCCCGCACCAUUGAUGUCUCCUACAUUGGCGUGAAGUCUUCAUAUGUCACUUUUGAUACAGAUAAUCGAAUCGUCUAUAUCAACAUCACUAACACUCUCAACAUCACCAACAACAACUACUACCCAGUAGAAGUGACGAAUAUCACAGCGCAGGUGCAGUUCUAUAAGACAGUGAUUGGAAAAUCUCUCAUGAGCAACGUGACCACUGUUGUGCCUCUGGAUAUGCAACAGGUUGACUUCUCUGUUCCUACUGUCAUAGCCAAUGAGAUGAGCUACAUCUUUGACUUCUGCACCAUGCAGUCCAUAAAGGUGCACAAUAUUGUGAUCAUGAUGCAGAUGACCGUGACCACCGUGUACUUUGGGCAUGCCGAGCAGAUCUCUCAGGAGAAAUACCUGUAUGUUGACUGUGGCACGAACACCACUAGCCUCAAUGGACAUAUGAUGGUGAUCCAGUGACCUUCUUUCCCCUGAAACCAAACCCACUGACUUACUAUGGUUCUUGCCCUAAUCAAUUUUGUGUGCCCAUGCAUGGUCAUGUCUGAAAGACUGUAAGGUUUCGGUCAGAAGGUUCUCAUUAUGAACUUAUCAGAGCAGGCUUCAGGGUUGUAUUUGGGAGAUAGAAGCAUGGUAGGAAACGUAGUUUAUGCCACAGAGUUCAUUAGAGAAAUAUCCUCAGUGGCUUGUUGGUCCACUACUCCUUAGUUGUCCUUCACUUACUUUAUCCAAGAAGAGUCUGAUGUAAAGAGAGUUUUAUUUUGAACAAAUCACAUACAUGCAAAAUGUAUUGCCAGUUAUGGACUGCAAUCACAAACCAAUAGGCUUCAGUCAUGAACCACUACCAUUUUCUGACCUUUACACAGAUAUGACAUGUACAGAGAAUGAAAAUUUAAUUAGAUUUCUAAAGCAAGUGUAGAAGCCAAUUUCCAGGCACAGCUAUGAGUUAUGAAAUGUAAACUGCCUUUAGUGAAAUAUGUUGGUACAUUACAAAUAAAGGCAUUUUAUAUUUUGUAUAUAUUUUUUACAAACAUUUCUUUAAUGUUAAAAGCCUUUUAGUUUCAAAGGCAUAAACAGAAGAGAACAUGCAUGUUUCAGUGACAUGUAAAAGACAUUUAUUUUGUAAGAUAAAAAUUUGUUAUGCGUAAAGGUACCAUGGCUAAUCAAUUUUCUGUUGUGUCUUCAGCUGCCACCCUGCUCAAGUGUUGUUAUAUUCAUCUGUUGUAACUGUAUAUAGGACAUGUGCAGUGUUGUGAGUGAUUUUUAAGUCCACAUCAUUUGUGAAGGGAAUCUACAGACAAAUGUUUUACUCCUUAUGUCAGUUUUCCAGGAUGGUCUGUUUACAAUAAAGUCAUGAACUAUCGGUUGGUUCAUACUAGUGCAGUAUGAAUGAAUGCUUUUGAUACGUGUUUGUCAUUUGUGUAAUUUGUGAUAAGAAUUUCAUGAAUCAAUUAAAAUAAUUAAGCACUAUGAA